AUGUCUCCUCCUGCUAUUAUAUUCACCGAUUGGGACGGUACAGUCACCCUUCAGGACUCUAAUGACGUCUUGACUGACAACCUUGGCUUUGGUUACGAAAAGAGAAAGGUUUUGAAUGACCGCAUGCUGAAUGAGACUCUUUCUUUCAGGGAGGGUUUCGACGAGAUGCUCAGGUCAAUUCCUGCAAACGGCCAUUCUUUCCAAGAGUGUAUUGACUACUUGCUACAACAUAUUAAGCUGGAUCCGGGUUUCAAAGAGUUCUAUUACUGGUGUCACGAAAACGGAAUCCCUCUUUACGUUAUCAGCAGUGGCAUGUCCCCAAUCAUCGAGGCUUUGUUGAAAAAGCUUCUCGGCCAGCAAGUGAUGGACCACGUGACCAUCGUUUCCAAUGGCGUGGAGAUCAAUGGCAAUGACUGGCACAUUGUUUAUCGUGACGAUACUCCAUUCGGACAUGAUAAGGCCGCGUCCAUCAAGCAGUGUCUUGAGAACUACGAUCUUAGUAAGAAGCCAUACUUAUUCUAUUGCGGUGAUGGAGUUUCCGACUUGUCGGCAGCGAAAUCCUGCGAUCUGUUGUUCGCGAGAAGAGGAAAAGAUCUGGUUACUUUCUGUAUCAAGCAGAAGAUUCACUUCACCCAAUUCGACUCAUUCAAGGAUAUAUUGAGCGAUGUCCAGAAAAUCGUUUCGGGUGAAAAGAAACUAGAGGAUUGUUUUGAAUAG